UCCAUGCGAGUGGCGAUGGCUUCUUUGCUUCUGCUCCUCAUCCUCUCCACCCUGGUGGGCAACACCCUCGUGUGCAUGGCGGUGGUCAAGUUCAGGCACCUGCGCUCAAAGGUCACCAACUUCUUUGUCAUCUCCCUGGCAGUUUCAGACCUCUUUGUGGCUGUGCUGGUGAUGCCCUGGAAGGCGGUCACCGAAGUGGCCGGCUUCUGGCCCUUUGGCGGCUUCUGUGACGUCUGGGUGGCCUUUGACAUCAUGUGUUCCACAGCUUCGAUCCUCAACCUGUGCAUCAUCAGCAUGGACCGCUACUGGGCCAUCUCCAGCCCCUUCCGCUAUGAACGGAAGAUGACCCAGCGGGUGGCUUUUAUCAUGAUCGGGGUGGCUUGGAUGCUCUCCAUCUUGAUCUCGUUCAUACCUGUCCAGCUGAGAUGGCACAAAGCUGACGAGCUCCUUCCUGCCCACGGGUUGGUCUCCAAUGUCACCUGGAUCCCAGAGGAAAACUGUGACUCCAGCCUCAACCGGACCUAUGCUCUUUCCUCCUCCCUCAUCAGCUUCUACAUUCCCGUCGCCAUUAUGAUAGUGACGUACACCAGGAUCUUCCGCAUUGCUCAGCGACAGAUACGAAGGAUCUCCUCUCUUGAGAGGGCUGUGGAACAUGCCCAGAGCUGCCAAAGCAAUGAGUGCCCCCACGAGGUCUCCUUGAAGAGCUCCUUCAAAAAGGAAACCAAGGUCCUCAAGACCCUUUCCAUCAUAAUGGGGGUCUUUGUCUUCUGCUGGCUUCCUUUCUUUGUGCUCAACUGCAUUGUACCUUUCUGUGACCACAACCUGCAUGAGCUUGGGGAACUCCCCUGUGUCAGCGACACCGUUUUCGACGUCUUUGUCUGGUUUGGCUGGGCAAACUCUUCCCUCAACCCCAUCAUCUAUGCCUUCAACGCUGACUUCCGGAGGGCUUUUGCCACCAUCCUGGGCUGUGGCCGCUUCUGCCCCAACAACGCCGUGGAGACGGUGAACUUCAGCAACGAGCUGGUUUCAUACCAUCACGACACCACCUGCCAGAAAGACUUGGGGACCUUGAGUUACCCGCACCUUCUCCCCCAUGCUCCCUCCCUCCAAGGGGAGGAGGACAAUGACCUCACGUUCGACAAAGUCUCCCAAACCUCUCACGAUAACACCGCGGCUGUUUUGUCUGCCAUAGUGCACAUGGAGUAUGAGACGGACGUAUCGCUUGAGAAGAUAGCUCCCUUUGCCACUUGCGUACUGGACUGA